UACGCGCCGCAAUCGAGUCACCCGUCGGUGCCCCCUCGUCUUAACCGCUGUCGGUCGGUCACGGGGACGACGACGCGAACCGGCGACGAUGACAAUGAGUCAUCCGUGCUGGUGUUGCCGGAUAGCGCCGCGAUGAAGGCCUGACCGCCGCCGAUGAUCGUCCAUUCGCGAGCACGGCGACGGGGAAAACGCCCUCUGCGACCGCGGUGCGUUCUCCCUGCCUGACCUGACCUUCUGCCGGAGACGGAAGAGAGAGAGAUAGAGAGAGAGAGAGAGAGAGAGAGAGAAGAACGAGGGAACUGGCUCGCGCGAAUCCAGGGACGAAACGAACACGACAUAGUGCCUACAAUUCAUUGUGCGAGAUCACCCGGUGUGCCAAUCGUCGCGGAGCGCCAUCGUCACAUCGCGACGACAUGGAGAACGUGGAGAACCGGAGCAGUGCCGUCGACAUGUCGCGGAAGAUCUCCGAGACAUGAAGAGAGCGCGACCGAGGAUCACAUGGGUUUCUUUGAGUCGGGGCCGGCGGUAGCAGAGCCGUGAUCAAAAUGAACUUGAUAAAUAUGGACGCGGAGAACCGCGUGGUUCUGAACGUGGGCGGUAUCCGGCACGAGACGUACAAGGCGACCCUGAAGAAGAUCCCGGCGACGAGGCUCUCGCGGUUGACCGAGGCCCUCGCCAACUACGAUCCGAUCCUCAACGAGUACUUCUUCGACAGGCACCCGGGCGUCUUCGCCCAGGUACUCAACUACUAUCGCACCGGGAAGCUGCACUAUCCCACGGACGUCUGCGGCCCGCUCUUCGAGGAAGAGCUCGAUUUCUGGGGACUCGACUCCAAUCAGGUCGAGCCUUGCUGUUGGAUGACCUACACGCAGCACCGGGACACGCAGGAAACGUUGACGGUCCUCGACAGAUUGGACCUUGACACCGAGAAACCCACCGAAGAGGAACUGGCCAGGAAGUUCGGCUUCGAGGAAGCGUACUACGAGGGGACUCUUACGUGGUGGCAGAAGCUCAAGCCUCAGAUAUGGUCACUAUUCGAUGAACCCUACUCCUCCGUCGCAGCCAAGAUAAUCAGCAUAGUCUCCGUUUUCUUCAUUUGCGUUUCGAUACUCUCCUUUUGCCUCAAGACCCAUCCGGACAUGCGAGUGCCGAUGAUCGUGAACCGUUCGGUAAAGACUAACAACGUAACGUCCUGGGUGGUGGACAAGACCCGCACCAACGCCCACGAUGUCUUCUUCUACAUCGAAUGCAUCUGUAACGCCUGGUUCACCUUCGAGUUCUUGGUACGCAUCACCGCGAGCCCGAAUCGCUGCGACUUCAUCAAGAGCUCGGUGAAUCUGAUCGACAUGGUAGCUACCCUGAGCUUCUACGUCGACCUCGCGCUGCAGCGAUUCGCGGCCCAUCUGGAGAACGCCGACAUCCUCGAAUUUUUGAGCAUCAUACGGAUAAUGAGGCUGUUCAAGCUUACGCGUCACUCGUCGGGCCUCAAGAUCCUGAUACAGACCUUUCGCGCCUCGGCCAAGGAGCUCACGCUUCUGGUGUUUUUCCUCGUUCUCGGCAUCGUCAUCUUCGCCAGUCUCGUGUAUUACGCGGAGCGCACCCAGUUCAACCCCAAGAACGACUUCAAGAGCAUACCGCUCGGUCUGUGGUGGGCUCUGGUGACGAUGACGACCGUCGGUUACGGGGACAUGGUGCCGAAAACCUACAUCGGGAUGUUCGUCGGCGCGCUCUGCGCGCUGGCCGGUGUCCUCACGAUCGCCCUGCCGGUGCCCGUGAUCGUUAGCAAUUUUGCGAUGUAUUACAGUCACACGCAGGCGCGAGCCAAGUUACCCAAGAAGAGACGCCGCGUAUUGCCCGUCGAGCAGCCACGUGUGAGGGCAGGCGCGCCGCCAGGUGUGCCCGGCGGACCCGGGACCGUCGGGCCCCCCGGCUGCGCCCAGCAAUUGUCGCACCUGCAGUCCGCCGGGGGCGCGGUCGCCACUGGGCCCCACGGCAUGGGUCAGACGCCUGGCGUCGGGUGUCCCGGCGGUGGCCAAGGACCGCAGAAUCGCCGAAUGAACGCCAUUAAGACGAAUCAUCCCAAGGAUCCGUUCGCCACGAAAACAGAGGAAGACCGGAGGAAUUGUAACCUACGAACCAACGGGACCAAGAGAGCCGGAGGUUUGGAUUAACCAUUUUGCGGUCGUAGCGCGCUCACAGAGACAGACGGCUAUCACUCACUGGUCGGAAUUAAUUCGGAGCGAACGACGUGGCGUGUACACCCCCUAAUCAAAGAUUGUCCUGUACGAUCCGUAAAAAUUUCAUCAUUCAGGAAUGCGCUUUGGAAAGAGAAAGAGAGAGAGAGAGAAAGAGCGGGAAGGGGGUAGGGAAAUUAAUUUAAUACCUCGCUGCAUUGCGGAAGCAUUGCGGAAGCAUUGCAGCUCCUUGUUGCCCACAUUUUACAAACAAAACGGCUAGGCAAAAUAAACACUGCCGUGGCGAGCGUGGCGGCUGAGAUCCGACCGGAAAACGAAAAGACGGUAAAAGUCCUGCGGCGGCUGUGUCAUCAGACCGCAAAGAGCGUACGUCUAUUAUUUAUCUGGAACGUGUAGAAUUAAUCGAGAGGAGGAGAAAACGACUCUCUGUCCGGACAAGAGAGGAGGAAUCACCGGAAAGGCAGCUCGGCAGUUUGCGCUUCACGUACCUCUUCCCCGUUAAUUCUAUAGAUGCCAAAUAAUAUUAAAUACACCGCCGUCGGGACGGAAGAAAAAAAGGAAGCUGAUGGCGAAUGCGAGAGAGUCUCUCGACGAGAUCGUAGCACGAGUCAUUUGUCGAUCCAAAUAGGCAAAUUGUGCGUAGAGAGAAAGAGAAAAAAAGAGAGAAAGUCAAGGAAAACUCGUAUAGAAAACUUUCCUCCCUCCUUCGCUUCAUAAUUUGAAUUUUUUAAUAUUCAUAAAAGACAUAACGCAAGCAAUUUUAUUGCGCUAGCGGGUAAACCAAUCGAUGUAUAUUGGCAUUAUAAUAUAUAUUGGCUUAUA